AUGAAGUUCUUCGAUGACAAAAGUUAUUUUUCCCUACGCUUAUUCUUUCAGCUUACUAUGGGUUCUGUUUCCACAAUGAAUAAGACAACAAUGGUCUGUCCUUUCCUGAAUGGCAACAGUGAAGAAAAUCCAGAAAACCAAACUGACACCACCUGGACUCCUCCCAACUUGCCCAGUAAAUGCACAUGGACAGCAGAGACACCCAGCUCUGAGUCACCUCAUUCUUGUAUGCCCUUGCCAGAAGAAACAAAGAUCCUGCCAAACAUUUUGAAGAAGGUUGGCCACACUCCUAUGGUUCAAAUCAACAAGAUUGGAAAGUCCUAUGGGCUCAAGUGUGAGCUCUUGGCAAAGUGUGAAUACUUCAAUGCUGGGGGCAGUGUGAAGGACCGAAUCAGCUUGCGGAUGAUAGAAGAUGCAGAAAGAGCUGGGAUUAUAAAGCCUGGAGACACAUUGAUUGAGCCAACAUCUGGAAACACAGGAAUCGGACUGGCGCUGGUGGCUGCAGUGAAAGGCUAUCGCUGCAUCAUUGUGCUGCCGGAGAAAAUGAGCUUGGAGAAGGUGGAUAUACUAAGGGCUCUUGGUGCUGAAAUUGUUAGGACUCCAGGUGCCAGGUUUGAUGCCCCUGAGUCUAAUGUCCGUGUUGCUUGGAGGCUGAAAAAGGAAAUCCCAAACUCCCACAUUCUGGACCAGUACCGAAAUGCGAGCAACCCGCUGGCUCAUUAUGACACCACAGCUGAGGAGAUCCUGGAGCAGUGUGAAGGCAAGGUACACAUGGUAGUGGCUGGAUCUGGCACAGGAGGCACUGUCACCGGUAUUGCCCGAAAGCUGAAGGAGAAAUGCCCAGAAUGCAAAGUCAUUGGUGUGGACCCUGAAGGCUCCAUCGUUGCCCUGCCCAGUGAGCUGAACACAACAGAGGACUCAGACAUGGAAGUGGAGGGUAUUGGCCAUGACUUUAUCCCAACUGUCCUGGAUAGAUCAGUGGUGGAUCAGUGGUACAAGUGCAAUGACAGAGACUCCUUUCUCAUGGCUCGCAGGCUGAUUAGAGAGGAAGGAUUGCUGUGUGGCGGCAGCUCAGGCAGCGCCAUGUCCAUCGCUGUGAAGGCUGCUAAGGAUCUGAAGGAGGGUCAGCGCUGUGUUGUCAUCUUGCCCGACUCUGUCAGGAACUAUAUGUCCAAGUUUUUGAAUGAUAAGUGGAUGAUAAAGAAUGGAUUUCUAACGGAUGGCCAGGAGCACAAGCCUUGGUGGUGGAAUAUCAAGGUGCAGAAGCUGAAUCUGUCAGCCCCUCUGAUUCUUCUCCCAGAAGUCAACUGUCAGAAGGCAAUUGAAAUCAUGCGGGAGAAGGGAUAUGACCAGGCACCCGUGGUUGCUGAAUCAGGUCUCAUUUUGGGAAUGGUGACUCUCAGUAACAUCCUCUCCUCUGUACUGGCUGGGAGCGCUCAGUUCUCAGACUCAGUCAUCAAGGUCAUCUACGACCAAUUUGCAAAGAUUAGUUUAGAUGACAGCCUGGGGAAGCUCUCCUGCAUCCUUGAGAAUGACCAUUUUGCUAUUGUUGUACACGAGCAAAUCCAAUUCAAUGGAGAUGGCAGAUCCUUCAUGAAGCAGAUGGUAUUUGGCAUUGUCACAGCCAUGGACCUCCUCGCUUUUGUUACCAGAAAGGACAAGAACCAUAAAUGCUGUGUUGCUUUACCCACAUCAGCAUCUCCAAGAUCCGUCUCCAAGAUGCAAAUCCAUACCUAACAAUUGAAGAGUUUUCCAAUCUAGUCAGUAGUUUUUCAGAAUGACUGGGUGGGUUAUAAUGUGAUAAUCAUUGGCCUCUAGGCUUAAGUGUCAUCCCCAAUAACA